AUGUUAAGUAAAAGUGAAUCCCAUACUUCAUGGCAGGAAUCAGUGAUUAGCUCAACCUGGCUGACUUACAUAUUAGAAGAAUGGACUGGUGUGAAGUACCACUGUUUAUACUAUAUCAGCAUCUGGUGGGUGUUAAGCAUAAUAUUCUUUGCACCUCUUUUAAUUUUCAUGGGCACUAGUUGCUGUUUAAAUCUUCUCCUGUACAUUUACAAGAGAAAGAAUGGACUAGAUGAGGAUUUCUCCAAUAAGUCAUGGGACAACGGAAGGUUCAUGGUGACGUCCAUACUUAGUAAGUUUGGAAAACUGUGGCACGGUUAUGAGCUUCAUGGUAUGGAAAAAAUUCCAGAAGGACCGGGGCUUAUAGUUUAUUACCAUGGAGCCAUUCCUAUAGACUACUGCUACUUUAUCUGUAAUCUUUAUAUACAGACGGGAAGACUCUGUUACUCAGUAGUUGAUCACUUAUUUUGUAAGUUACCAGGAAUCGAACUGCUUUUUAACCUGUUACCUACAGUGCAUAGUGGAAGAGACGAAAGUGUUGAAAUUCUGAAGAAAGGCAACUUAUUGGGUGUCUCACCAGGUGGAAGUCGAGAAGCAUUCUUUAGUGAUGAAAACUACAACCUCCUGUGGGGUAAUCGCAAAGGCUUUGCUCAAGUGGCCAUAGAUGCAAAAGUGCCCAUCAUCCCUUUGUUUACACAGAAUGUUCGGGAAGGAUAUAGGACAUUUGGAAAAAUAGGGUUUUUUAGGUGGUUCUAUGAACAUGGUAGAUUGCUACUCAUUCCUGGAUAUGGAGGGUUCCCAGUCAAACUUCGCACAUAUGUUGGAGAUCUCAUUCCAUACGAUCCAAAUAUAACAGCUGCGGAACUAGUUGAAAAGACAAAGAUUGCCCUUGAAACACUAAGAGACAGACACCAAAAACUACCAGGAAGUAUACUAAGAGCUCUGUUGGAACGAUUUGAUAAACAUCAGAAAGAAAACUAG